UCUUUUGCCUGCCUGCGAGAUACUAAAUUUUUAAUGGGACCACUAUUCUUUUGAUUUUGGGUCUUUUCUUUCUUUGACGGCUAUAUUGUAUCAGAAGACGCUCCAUCGAAGUUUCUGGAAGUUUUUCGAAGGAUUUAUGAACAAUGAAAGCUAAAUUUAAUUUAGCGAGCGUUCUUGUGUUGACUGUGAACUUCGUUAGUUUCCUCAAAGGCAAAGAAUCAAAGACAAGUAGUGACGUGGAUGAGUUUCGUAAGUGGUUUGAUGAUCGUGGUGGAAAAUGCCGUUGCAAAUUUUUUGAAAGGAAAGACCACAAGCUCGCUGCUGUAGCUGAUAGACGUAUUGAAGACAAAGAGUCCAUUUUGAUGGUUCCCGAGUCCUUACGAGUGAACUCUGCCGCGAUUGAAAAGUCAACCAUUGGUCCAACGCUUGAGCAGCUAUCCCUUCUACAGCACCAGAUCCUUAAACAUCCAGAUUACUUAGAACGACAAGUAAUGCAGUUGAUGCAGAUGGCAAUAUUUGUGCUUUAUUCUAUUCACACCAGCAAUGAGCAAUGGCUACCUUACUUGAAUAUCCUUGUCAACCAUCAGUGCAAUGCAUUGUGGAUGUGGAGUGAAGAGGAGCUGAGUGAGUUGCAAAAUGAAAAACUAAUGGAGAGAGCAGUUGAUUGGAAGGAAACGGCCUCCAGGCUGGCAGCUAACAUAACACCAAAACUGAACAGCUUUGGCUUGUUUUAUGGAAAGGAGCUUACUCCAGAGACCUUGAUAAAUGCAGUUUGUGCCAUUCAAUCAAACAGUUACAACAUAACAAGUCACUCAGGACACCCAGUCUGGACUCUAGUGCCAGGCCUGAACAUGUUCACAUAUCGGCCCAGUGUUGGUGGAACAUGGUGGACCAAGGGUGGCACCCUACGUUACAGAUAUGUUAACACUACGAUUGAAGAGGGAGACACUAUAUUCAUUGACGUCAAUCCGAAUGGUGACAGCGUUCAAACACUUCUAGAAUAUGGCCUGUUCGUUUCUGAAGGAAGCAGAUUCUUCACCCCUUUGCCAGAGCAAAAGAGCAGGAUGCGGAGAAGAUUUGUGGACAUGUUAAAACUCAAGAACAAAAUAAUAUACAGAGAGAAAUUCACCUUUAAGGCAGCAGGUCUUCCAAGUUAUAGAGUACAAGCACUUUCGGACAAAGAGAUCGACGAUUUAGUGCGAGCAGGAAGCAAUCCGAGCAAAUUAUCUGAGUUAAAGAAAAUAUUCAACAGUCCUUCGCUUCAUGUCGAAACUAACCCUUCAUACUCUUGCAAAGACGAAGUAGUCGCCUUAAAUUUGUUAAUGCUUCACCUUAGAGACGAAAUGUUAGGUAGAACUACUGGAAUACCACAGGAUGAAAAGAUCUUGAGCAGGGAUAUUCCAACAAGGCAGCGUAUUGCUGUGGAGUUUAGAUUGAAGUUUAAAAAGCUUGCUAUAAAUUAUCUUGAUAUUACUAGCGCCCGAGCGAUAGAGACGAAAAGGGAAUGUCUGUCGGGAAAAAGAGACGAACUUUGACUUUUUUUGCAUUCUGAAAUGUACGUGCGUUCAACUGUACUCGAACCACCAAAUUCAUCCAAAAAAUAUCCCAGGAAAGUUCUCCAGCACUGAAUUCACUGGAACUUUUCAGAUGGCUGAAUUCUAAAACGUAUAUCAGAGGCGCACAGAUUUUCAAGGGCUACGUUUGAAUUAUCUUCCAUCAGUAUGUCAAACCUCAGGUCCACCAGAAAAUAAUUUAUGUCCGCUAUUUAUUUAUACUCGAACUUCCUUUAUUAAUAAACAUAUA